AUGGUGGAGUACAACAUGCUCUCCCCCACGGGCUCCAUGCAAAUGAUGCAGGUUGUGUCCUGUGUUGGUGCUGCCUCCACUGGCUGCUGUGGGAGCUGCUCCCAGCAGAAGGACCUGGAGGAAGAUGUGAGGGAUGGGCAAGGUGUGGCACAGAGCGACCACUGUGACCUGCGGGGUGCGGAACAGAGCCAAGGCUGCGGGGCUCAGGCCGAGCUCAGUGCGACCUGGUUGUCACGCGGAGGAGAAAGCCUGGUUUUGCUGGGACAGACACUCUGCGAGUGCUCGCCGCUUGUGCACAUGAUGUCCGAGGGGACUCAGGAGGCCGCCGGCUCGAGUGAGCCAGCAUGCGUGCUCUGUGGCCGAGUGGAUCAGGACUCGAGCAUAUAUGGGCACAAACAUGAGAAAAACGGGUUCUACUUCCAUACUUUUUGUGUGAGCCUGCUCUUUCUUCUUCUGCAGAUAUUCUCCACUGGUCUUUGUAAACCAGGAAACAACAGCAGAAAUGCAUGUCAUUUCGAAGAAGAGCUGAUACGCACAGUCAGGCGGGGAGAGCAGACGCUCUGCUUCGUCUGUGGCCAGCGCGGGGCCACCAUCACCUGCGCAGAGCCGGACUGCGACCGCAGCUUCCAUCUCUCCUGCACGUCAGAGGGCGAAUGCGUCACCCAGUUCUGCGACGAUUUCAGGUCCUUCUGCUGGGUGCAUCGUCCACAUCAGGCAGUGGAGGCAGCGCCGGUGCAGGACACGACCUGCAUCAUCUGCAUGGAGUCCAUGGAGCACAGCAGAUCAUACAGCACCAUGCUGUGCCCAGCCUGCCAACACGCCUGGUUCCACCGGGCUUGCAUCCAGGUAGGAGCCCUCCCAUACCCCAUGAGCACGGCACGUGCUCAGCAGCACCAGGCCAGGCUCACACUCACCCUUCUGUUUCUGCUGCAGGAACAGGCCAUGUGUGCAGGAAUUUAUUGCUUUCAUUGCCCCCACUGCCGAGACAGAGACAUGUUUCUUCGAGACAUGCUCACUAUGGGGAUCCGAAUCCCAUUCAGAAGACCAACGUGGGAGGACAAUUAUGACUAUGCAACCCUGGGAGUUAGGCAUCAGCGCUGUGAUGCCAGCGACUGCCAUUAUCCACAUGGCCGGGAACAAGAAGAGGGAGACGGGCCCUGGCAGCUGCUCCUCUGCAGCUCCUGCGCUGCACAAGGCACCCAUCGACUCUGCUCCAACUUGAGUCUGAGCACAUCUGCAUGGGAGUGCAACACCUGUGCUGGAGAGGGCAUCGCCUCCAGCACCAAUGCGGACAGCGCUGGCCCCAACACCACCAGCCAGCAGGGACUGGGGCCAUCCCAAGGCCCUACAGGACAGGAGAGCAGCAGCUCCAACACCACCAACCAGGCACCAUCCGGACCAGAUCACAGCUCCCAGGUGCCUGAGCUGCUCUCCGGGCAGACACAGCGGGCCAGGACUCGGAGCCGCUCGCCUCUGGACCAUCGGGCUGCAGAGACCAACAGCCAGCCCCAGAGACGCCGCAGGAGCCGGUCCAGGCGGCCAGGGCCAGCCCGGGGGCGAAGCCGCUCCCGGGUUCCACGUCGGGCCCGGAACAUCAACCCCCGGCCCCACUGA